AUGUUCGACGCUACACAACACACCGGACAAAAAGAGCUAGAUGGCAUGAGUGAUGAUAAGCCAAUUCACCUUGAGGGAAUAUCCCGGGAGGCUUUAGAAUUGUUUCUCGAGCAUACCUUUGGAAGGAUGCGUACUGGCUCAUACACAGUUGAUGAACUCACAAAAUUCCUCCACUUCUGCGACAUGUACCAAUGUCACCAUGCGCGAGAGUUCGUUGUUUCCCGCGUGUUUUCAGCACGUUUCCGCUUCCAUCCGGCUCAAUUGAUCAACAUUGCUAUCAAAUACCAUGUUCGUUCUGUAUUUCCCUUCACUUUUAAGCAACUCGCAGAAACUCCCAUUACCGAGAUCACCCAUGCACACCGGGAGCUGAUGGGAAACGAUGUUUUUCUAAACGUGGUUUAUGUUCAAGCUGCGCUUGAUCAUCACCGUCGAAUUGUAGCUGCGGAGGAGCCGAAGAUAUUAAUGCAUUCAAACGAAUGUCACAAUCCAACUGGUUGUAACGAGGACUGGCACGCUAUAUGGUGGAAUGGUAUGGGCCGUUUUCUUCUCGAUGGCAGGAAUGCACAACCAUAUGGCGAUGCCGUUAAACGUUUCAAGGAGCUGUCAUUUGGCCGCGUCAGCGAGGGGUGCAAAGAAAUCAUGUUCAAAAUUCUCGAUCAGGGAGCGGCAUUCCAGCACGCCGAACACUUCGUUUCCGAGGCCUGCCAAUUUCUAGUAGAGAAAUUGGUGUUCGAGCCUUCAUCCUCCUCGUAG